GCUCGGCCGGGUUUCCCCGGCCCUGCCCGCUGCCUGCGGGUUGCCGGGGCUGCAGUGACCUUCCUGCCUUUCCGCCCCAGCCGCACGCUCCUGGGGGCCCUGCACGCGACUCUGAGCUCAGAAGAAGAGCUGGAAAGUUACUCCUGCCUCCCAGUUUGGUCACACUGGGGUGGAGCCGACGCCAUUUUUGUAGGGCCGCCUGCAGGAGAAUGUGGGCUUUUGCUCCUAAUUCGCGCUAGACUGACCGCGAGACUCCCGCUUGCGACAGGGACCCGUGGGGAGACUCCCCAAGCGGGCUGGGCUUCGCAAAUCAGGCCCUUUGCCCUUCCCGGGCGUGGAGUUUAAUUAAGCCCUGGAGGCAGUUCUUAACUUCAGGCACUAUCGGGUACUUCUGCCUGGGUAAACUUUAAGAACAGUUUUGUAUUGUUGAGGAUGCUCUCUCUCCCUGAGGAUGCUCUCUCUCCCUGGUAAACAGCGGGCGAAACCUUGAUGCAUUUUUAGGGUCCUGUCUAGGUUCAUUCUCUCGCAUUCUUUUCUAAAAGGGUUUAACAUGUUUCUUUUUUUCGUAAGAUCUUUUACAUGUUUCUUUUUUUCGUAAGAUCUUUUACAUGUGUAGCCAAGUUUUCUGCUUUUGCUUCGGUAUACAUUGUGGUGGGAGUAAAGACCUUUAAGUUUUCUAUAUUCUGAGGCUAAACGUUCACAAAUUAUCAGACUUGAGAAUAAGUUUAUUUGAAACCUACAAGAUGGAAGGCCUAACAUAGGUAAAAGCAGAAAACUGGUACUGUCAAUCCUGAAGAAAUUGUCCUUUAUAUAGGUGUAAGGUGUUUCUGUCAUUUUUAAUAUCCUUAUAACCUCUCAGAAAAUUGUGCAAGUAAGAACAGGGAAAAAAAAAUUUUUUUUUUACAGGAAGGAGCUUAUAGACAUACUUGUAUUUCAUUCUACUUGACCGCUGGCUCUAGGGGUUCUGCUUCAUUUCCUCUUUGUAUCUGUAACCACUCACUUUAUCUCUCGGAGUACUUCGGGGCAGUCCACCUUGCUGUCUCCAAAAUGAAACGCACAGGUCCUUUUUGUAGCAAAGGUUUAACUGCUCAUAUUUUCUGGGAAAGACUGGGGAUGAUAAAAAGAUUUUAAAAAUCUUUUAGUUUUCUUCUAACUUCUCUAACCUCUGAUUCCCUCUGUGAUGGUAACUGGAUCCAUCCAUAAGUAUCCAAUUCUCACCUUUAUUUCUAGUGAUGAGACUUCUCUUUCCCUCAGUAAGCUCUAAAGGACAGUAAUAGUGUCUGUCUUAGUCACAUUGGAUCACUAGCACUUAGCAUUUAGUAGAUGCUCAAUAAAUAUUUGUCAGAUUAAAUCACUUCCCCUCUGUUGACUCCACCCUUAGGUGAAUUAUAGGUUCCCCCUUUGGUUCCAAGGGGACAGGACAUCUGCACGAAAUGAUAUCUAGUUCACUAGCCUCAUGUCUUGCUUAAGAAUUAUCAACUGGGAAUUUCUCCCAAAACACAUCUGAUUGGUUUAAGGAGGGGAUUUGGGAGUUUAGAUUUAAUGUAGGUACUAGCUAGCCGUUCUUUUAGAAAGAAAGCAAGGUAAAAAGUUAGAAUAAACUGCUACUUUAAUUGUUGUAUGCUCAUUUCUAGUCUCUUUCAAAAGAAUUUAAAGUACAUUCUAUCACAUCUCAGUAAAAUAGAGAAGGGAUGAUCAGGGUGUGAUUAAUUCUGGUAAAUUGACAAGCACUGAAUCUUUUUAUGUAUGUAACAUUUUGAGGCAUACAAAAAAGCAUAGGCAAUAUAAUGAAUGGCUGAGAAUGCGUUACUGUGUAUUUAAGAAUUUACAACUGAGAAUGCGUUACUGUGUAUUUAAGAAUUACAACUGAGAAUGUGUUACUGUGUAUUUAAGAAUCACAACUGAUGGGUUAAGCCCUCUGUGUACCACUCCCCAACCUCUACACCUCUUUUCCUCUUUCUGGAGACUGACGAAUCUGGGUGGGUCAGGAAAUUAUUCUGUUUGGGUUUGUGAACUUUUCGUUGCUUCCAGGCUCUUCCCAUGAGUCCCUUAUUGUCACUACCACCUAGAGCCUUUCUCCCACUUUUGGAAGUGGCAACCAAUGUGGUCUAGGUUCUAGAAUGGGAACAAAAUGCUGUGGAGAGGUACCCUGAUGUGGGGGGUAGAAGAAAAAUUAGAUUUCAGUCUGGUCAUCCUCACUCUCUGGCACUUUGACCUUAAUGAGUUACUUAAUUUCUCUCAGUUUCAGUGAACUCAGUAAUUUUUGUUCUUACCUCUUAGGGUGAUUGCGACAAGUAAACGGGUAGCAUUUUUACAUAGUGGGUUAAGAGCAUAGUCACUGGGGCCAUACUGCCUGAUUCAAAUCCUAGAGCUCACUUACUUAGAUAAGUCACUUAUCUUUCUAAGACCAUUUUCUCUUGUGAAGUAAAGACAAAAAAAUAUUACCUAUUUCAUAGGCACAGGCUUGUGGGGCUUAAUUGUAAAUGAUAUGCAAAUAAGACGCUUGGCUUGAUGGGGCCUUUCAGAGGAGGGAGAGGGAGAGAAAGGCAGCUGAGGUGGAGAUGAGGGCAAGGGUGAGUUUUCCCCAACAGUGAGAAGUCUACUUGGAUUGAAGCAUGAGGUAGUGAGAGAAAAGUGUUGAGAGGUAGAUUGAUGUUGUGUUUACGGAUUAAGAGAUUUAUAUUCUUUAAGGUUAGUUACGUUGCCACUAAUAGAAAUAAACCCAUUGCCAGCAAGUCGAUUCCAACUCAUAGUGACCCGAUAAGACAGAGUAGAACUGCCCCAUAGGGUUUCCAAGGAACACCUGGUGGAUUCGAACUGCUGACCUUUUGGUUAGCAGUCGAACUCUUAACCACUGCGCCACCAUGUAGAAACAAGUUGAUUAAGGAGCAGCUUUGUAAAACUAAGUUGAGUUUUGAGUGAAAUUGUGUUUGAGAUGACAGCACAUUCAAAUAGAAAUGUAAUGAGCCGUUAGGAGUAUGAGGCCAACAUUUAGUGGAAGUAAAAUAGUGGGACUAAAAUGUAAGAUGAACAUUGAAAUGAUCAAGAAUAGUGCAAGUGGCCCUUUAAAAGUCAGAAAAGGAGAGUUUGAGAAAGGAAGUAAUCAGCAAUGUCAUUAUUUAAUGUAUAAAGAAUAAGGAGGAAAUUACAGAUUUCUAAGGACAUCAGUGAGAAAGAAUUCUAGAACUCUAACUGGUAGGAAGAAUCUAGAGGUACUUUGAUCCUCUGUUUCUAACCCCCUCAUUUUACAGAGGCUGGCACUAAGCUCCUGAGAGGUUAAAAGCUCUGCAUCCUCUCCACCCUUCCCCUUAGCCUCCACAUCUGGUCACAUUGUCUUGUUUCUAUCUCAGAAGUGCUCCACCUGUUUGUCCCUCCUCUUCUUCCUGUGCUCUAUCCUAGGUCUUCUUCAUUCUACCUGUAAUAAGGACCAUUCUACCUAUAAUAGGGACAAUGACCUCACUGCUCUUCCACCCAGAGAAUCAUGUCACACCCCUGCUUUUUACUGAAGUAUCUUUUAUUUGAAAGUCUUAAGUAGUAAAUAUAUUGACAUGAUUCAAAUUUCCAAAAGUAUAAAAAUGAAAUCUUCCUAAAUCUGUCCCAUUGCCACUUAAGUGCUCCUUCUCACAGGCAACCAAUUACUUACAUGUCCUUCCAGAGACAUUUGAUGCAUCCUGCCUCCGGAGAGGAGCCGCCCAUUUGGUCUCAUGUAUCUGCUUGAACUGAGAAGCACACUUCACUAGUAUUAUUUUAUGUUUUAUAGUCCAGUCUAAUCUUUGCCUGGAGAGUGGUCUUCAGGAGUGGUUUUAGUUCUGAGUUAACAUAGCUUUCAGGGGCCAUGGCUUCUUGGUGAGACCGUUAAGUCUGGUUUUUUUUAUGUAAGUGUGAGUUCUGUUCCAUACUUUACUCCCACUCCGUCAAGGACUCUCUGUUGGGUUCCCUGUCAGGGUGGUCAUUCGUGGUAGCGGGGCACCAUGUAGUUCUUCUGGUCUCAGGCUGAUGGAGUCUCCGCUUUAUGUGGCUGUUUCUGUCUCUUGGGCUCAUAUUUUCCUUGUGUCUUUGGUGGUGUUCAUUCUCCAUUGCUCCAGGUGGGUUGGGACCAAUUGAUGCAUCUUUGAUGGCCACUUGCAAGCUUUUAAGACCCCAGACGCCACUCACCAAAGUGGGAUGCGGAACAUUUUCUUAAUAAACUUUGAUAUGCCAAUUGACCUAGCCGUCCCUCGAAACCAUGAAGAAUUUUGAAUAUAUACAAAAGUAGAUUAGUAAAUGAACCUCUUUGGACCCAUCUGCCAGCCCCCAAACACCAUCAGUUUGUGGCUAGUCUGAAUCAGGACCCAAGUAUGGUUUGCAUAUUGUGAUUGGCUGAUACGUCUUUUGAGUCUUUUUUAAUCUCUAGGUUUCCCUUCUGUCUGUUUUGUUGUUUUUUGUUUUCCCGUUUUCUUUGCAUUUUAUCUAAUUAAGAAACCAGAUUGUCUUGUAGAACUUCCCCCACGGUCUGGAUUUUAGAGAUUACACCCCCCAUUGUACCUUGCUUUUUCAACUUCAGAUACCUUGCUUAGUGGACUCCACUGCUUAUAGCAUAAAAUCCAAACUAGUGGGUCUAAAGUGUUUCCUCCCCAGGUAGCGAGUCAUUGCUCCUCCUCCACCACCACUGUGUCCUACUAUUCCAGUAGCUGUCACUUCACCUUUUUCCCCAAUCAUCUCCUGCUCACACUUAGACCUUCUUCCAGAGGCUGGCAAGUGUGAGAGGGACAGGGCUAUUUUCAUAAAACUUACAAAGACCCAUUAUAUCUCAUACCUUGGCCUCCGUGGGCCUCUGUAGGAGAGACUCAGUGAUGAGUGUACUGACCCAAAUGGUUGUUAUCUUCAUGAUCUAGGACUACAUCAGUCUAACAAGAGAAUCCAGGUGGCUGACCUAGAAUUAAAUUCACAUCCCUUUAGGUCCACUUUUGCCUAAACUAUCACACAGUUGGGUAUACUAGCCAGGCUGGCCUGGGGUCACUCUUUGGGAAAAGAAAGAAGCAUCAUGCCCCAGAUAAUCAGGGUGGGAUCCCAAGUUUUCAAAAUAGGUCUGUAUACCCCUCCACUUAUUUCAACCUAGUCAUUAUCUAGGAGGCAGUGAAGUGGGGAUAAUGCCUUUCUGAGGACAUCUGCAUUCAGUGACCAGACUGUUUUACCAGGCAGGGUGUGUGAACCAGGAGGAGAUGAGGGAGGUGGAAUCCGAAAUCUUUUCGAGUUGAUUUUUUUGAAGUCCAUUCAAUCUCUUGAUGAUGCCAGCAGCGUGCGGGUGCUAAAGGGCAUGAAAUAUCCAUCAGGUAAAGGAGGUAAAAACAGACGCAGAGGUAAGAAUGAGAAUGAGUCUGAAAAAAGAGAGCUGGUGUUCAAAGAGGAUGGGCAAGAGUAUGCUCAGGUAAUCAAAAUGUUGGGAAAUGGACGAUUAGAAGCAAUGUGUUUUGAUGGUGUAAAGAGGUUAUGUCACAUCAGAGGAAAAUUGAGAAAAAAGGUUUGGAUAAAUACCUCAGACAUCAUAUUGGUUGGUCUACGAGACUAUCAGGAUAACAAAGCUGAUGUAAUUUUAAAAUACAACGCAGAUGAAGCUAGAAGUCUGAAGGCAUAUGGCGAGCUUCCAGAGCAUGCGAAAAUCAACGAAACGGAUACAUUUGGUCCUGGAGAUGAUGAUGAAAUCCAGUUUGAUGACAUUGGAGAUGAUGAUGAGGACAUUGAUGAUAUCUAAAUUGAACCCAACAUUUACAUUCCAUUUUUUUCUGAGGAUUGUCCUACAAUUUGGAUUUCGGCUCUGAUUCGUUGUAGAAGAUUAAAAUUUCAUUAGCAUGACUGCAGCUUGUUAAAGCAGACUGGUUUGUUGUUAAGGUAUUUGUGUUUAAAAACAGAUAAUGCUGAAUUAAUCUUAAAUGAAAUGUUAAACUCAGUUUGUUCUUUUGAUUUAAUGGAGCUCAUGGAUAAAAGACCACAACAUCUACUGUUUAAAAAAAGAAGGAAAAAAUGCUGUACUGUCUUCCCUGCUUUGACUAGUUCACUUCUAGGAAAUGAAUAUUUCGAAUGAAUCACUUGCCCUAUACUCAUCAUGGAUUCAGAUUAAGCCCUAGUUUUGAUUAGUCUGUUGACUGUACAGAGUCUUUCUGUAUAUUCCCGUUACCUAGAUGCUCCCUUGAGAUUUUGAUACAAUUUAAAAGAGGCAGAAGUCUGUAUUUGAAGUCAAAAUGAGUAGAUCUGUUUUUCAUAUUUAAGUAGCAUGUGGCUAUUUUUAUACUAAUUUUGAUAUUGUGUAAUUCUUUUCAUGAUCUUGUGUUGCCGCCAUAGACAUAUCAAUGAAAAGGCAUCUCUAAAAUGCAGUUUUUAGAAUCUCGGUUUUAAUAGCAAUUUUGAAUUUGUAAAGUUAGUAGUUGCAGAAAUUGAACACUAGGUGGCACCCAAUUAUCUUAACUUUGGAAGUAUUGAUAAAAUUGUGACAAAUUUUUACAUCAUGUGCAUAGGAAAUUUUCCAAACAGAUUGUCUUGAUGGUAUGCAUGUAUGUAGACUAUUUUUUCAAAAAAAGUUUAUGUUAAAAGUUUCGUUUUUUUUUCCAAAAGUCAUACAUAGUAAGCUAUUUUGAGUGCUUUAUAAACACUUAAAUUAUGUGUAAAUGGAAAUCUAAUUUCAUAACCCACCACUGCUGUUGAGUUGAUUCUGACACAUAGCGACCUUAUAGGGCAAAGUAGAACUGUCCCAUAGGGUUUCUAAAACUGUAAUUUUUAGGGAGCAGACUGCCACAUCUUUCUCCCGUGGAGCCGCUGGUAGGUUAAAACCACCAGCCUUUCUCUUAGCAGCCGAGCACCUAACCACUGUGCCACCGGGGCUCCUUGUACACAUUAAGUCUUUUUCAGACUAUCCCUAAGCUAGGGAAAGAGUAGGGCAUCACAGCUUAAUGAAAAGCCAAGUCUUCAAUUUCUGAAAGGAAAAGCUACAGCUAAUAAAGAAAAGUCGUGCUGCAGAGUAUAUUAUAUCUAUACAUUAUGUUAAGGAUGGGUUUUAUUGUGUGUACAUUUUUUUUUUUUGUAUAGGAAAUUUAGGUUUACCCUUUUUUAAAGUUACCAACUCUAAGAUGAAAAUAAGGGCUGGGCUAGUUAGACCUCACUGGCCACAUUUAAAUCUUAUGCAACUUUAGAAGAAGAGAUCCAUCAUAUAGCUUGUGAAUUGGUCUCCAGAGAACUUUCCAGUGAUGAAAAGUAAUAUAAAGCAGAAUAAACCUUCACAUAACUUCAGAAAACCAGCAAAUUUUCCCUAAUCCCUCUCUGGUAUAAUUUCCUAAAUGUGAAAAAUCUGAGGUCGGAAUAUGUACUAAUAAAACAUUAAAUUGAAGAAUAGGAAUUAAGAGUGUACAAAAA